UUCCGAUUGGUAUUUCGUAUUUUCGUAGGAUCAUUAUAAAUUAUAAUAAUAGUCGUCGUCGUCGUCGUCGUGAAUAGAAAAUAUGUUUUCCGAGCCGUAUUCGAUUAGUUUAAAAGCAAUUAAUAUUCGUUCGUCUUAACACCGGGUAUCAAGUGGCUACGUCCACAGUAUCACGUCUUCUAUUAAUUGUACUGGUGAUGAUUUGUACACACAAUUAUGGAAGAACCGUACGAAAAAGAAUUGUACAACAUAUUCAAAAGUUUUGAUAGCGAUGAAAAUGAUGAAUUGGAUCAUAAGGGAGUGAACGCUCUUUGUGAAGCAUUACAGUUGGAUUUUAGCCAACGUAAACAAUUAUGGUCAUUCUUGGAUCAGAAUUCUAAUGUUUCAUUUGAGCGAUUCCGUGAUGCUCUUGUUUAUUUGGCCAAUAAUGGCUCAAAAGAUGAAACUUAUCCUAGGGACAUCUCUCCCGUUAGAGAAAUAUCUCCAAAGUAUGUUUUUGGCGAAAAAAAAUAUGGACGCCGAACAAAGCCUCGAGAAGAUAGUUUUAUAUUAAACCAAUCAAAUAUAUCUCAAGAUUUAAACAGCAGCAUACCAUUAUCUCCUCAAAAACUAGAAUAUGUUCAUAUCAAUUCAGAGUUGAAAUUGGAUGAGGAAACACAGAAUAAAGACAUGUUAUCACAAUGUGAUGACAAACAUGAUAUGUUAAAAGAACGAUUGAUUAUGGACAAACAUAAUUUAAGUCUGGCCUGUGAACACAUGGACAUAACUUCUAAUGGACUUAUAUCAAAAACUCAAUUUUUUGAUGUAAUUCAACAUUUUGACUGCAAUGAAAAAUUAUUUGAGAAGAUAAACGAUAAAUAUUCUAAUGAUAGAAUACCAAUUAAAGAAGUUCUUGAAUUAAUCAGUAGUCUCGAUUACCGGUCUGUCUCACCAAAUUCUGAAACAUCGACAUCAGGAGUCUCUUCUACAUCAUAUUAUCACAGAGAAGAUAAUAUACCAAAUUCAAUGAUGGUGAGUGUAAGCACUAUUAUUGAACUCUGGGAAAGUUGUGGUAUACCAGAGUCUAUAAACUUGUUACAAGAACUAGGUAUCGAUACAUCCCAGGAUUCUGUUUAUAUACCUGAUAUAGUAACUACUAUUAACAAUCAACUCCAUAAAGUUAGAAAUAAUUUUGUUGAUUCUUCAUCAACAGAAUAUGAUUCGAUUAAUACACCAUUUGUAUUGCUAAAAGCUCUAAGUUCUUUGAAUGAAUAUCAGGUUAAAUGGCUCAAAAUGAUUAUUGAGCAAAUGAAUUGCGAAAGAGACAAAUUAAAGUAUGAUGUUGAUACUGCCAACAAUAGAGCAGUAAUGCUUGCGCAAGAAGUUGAUGAAAAUCAUAUGCGAUUAGAAAAAUCUUCGGCAAACAAAAUUGCGGCUCUAGAACAUAAACACCACGAAGAAAGAAAAACACUCAUUGAUCAAUGGGGUUCAGAAAAAGAUCAAUUACUUAACCAAAAUAUUUUGCUCAAUAAUAAAUUGCAACAAGUACAAAAUUAUGAAAACGAAUUACAGUCUGAACUUUUAAACAACAAAAAACAACUGAGCUUAUUAGAAAGUGAAAAUACCUCAUUAUAUGAACAAUUAAAUGAAAUAAAACAAAAAAAUGUUUCAUUAGAAGUUCAAGUUCAAGAAAUUCCACAGUUAAGACUCAAGGAACUAGAACUGGAAUCUAAUAAUGAACAAAUUAUUGACCUUGUGCAAAAAAUUGAUUGUUUGAAAAAUGAAAAUAAAUGUCUUAGAGACCAAAAUGAUGAACUUAUUAUUGAGCUUGAAGCUACUAAAAUGAUAGAGAAUGUUGGUAAUGAUAGGUCAUUUGAUAGCAAUGUCAGGAAUUUCUUGACCGAAAAAAAUAGUCCUAACUGCUUUGGCAAAGUGAAAGAAUUUACUACCGAAUUUUCUGUUGAGGAAGGUGAGAGUGAUUGUACAAAUACAUUUGAAACUUAUACAAUUGAGUCUGACUUUGAUACAUGGAAUAAAGUUGAAAGUUCACCAAAAUCAUGCCAGAAAUCCCCUCAGACAUCAUUGAUGCUUGUGAACAAUAUAAAAACAAGUCUAUCUUCUCAAUCACAAAUUGAAUCUUGUCAUUUAGAUGAAUUAAUUGAGUAUUUGGAGCAUAUGAAAAAAAUACCAAUCGCAGACCAUUCACAGCACGUUGAAGAGAAAGAUGCACUAGAAUCACUGCAAGAAUCUCCUGAUAGUUGCAUGACUUCACCUUUAAAUAAAUAUCAAACCAGGAGGUCAUUGAAUAAGCAAUUUGAAAAUUCAAUGGAAACGGAAUUUAUGGGAACUACUUUAAUAGAAGUGACAAAUGGUAGUGUUGAAAAAUUGAAACAAAUGUACAAUCAGUGUAAAUUAGAAAAUCAGGAGCUGCGUGACAAGUGCGAAAAUAUUGAGAAGUACUGGGAAUCUAGGUACAAUCAACUAUGUGAAGUAGCUGACAAAGCCCUGGAUGAGGCUAAGCGGUUAAAAGAUGAAGGUACUGAAUUGGAACGUGGUAUAGAUGCACUGCGCAAUGAAUACUUUGAAUGUGAAGAAUAUUGGUCACUAAAAUUAGAAGAAGAACGCAAACUAAACGAAUUGGAGAAAAAAGUUAGUGAAGAAAAAUUGAAUAAUCUAGAAGUCAAGAUUAAAGAAUACAGUGAUAUGUUAGAAGAAACAACUAAUAAUAAAUUACCUACUAUUGAUGAAAAUGCUGAACUUGAAGAACAGAUCAAUUGCAUUCAACAAGAAUUUUCCAGCUACUGUGUAAAAAUCGAAAAAGAAAUGAAAAGUCUUAAAAUCGAAAAUGAAAAAUUGAAAUCUCAAAUUGUUAUUCCAGUUAAAAAAGUUGACCGUGAAGUAGCUAACUGUCAAUUCAAAGAAGAAUGUGAGAAAUGUCUUGAAAAUUUAAAAACAAAUAGUGAAUUUAAAAACAAGCAGUUUGACUUAAAAAAAAAUCGUGAAAAAUUAGGAAUGGAAUGCCGAAGUCUAUUGCAACGAAGGAGUACACUUAAAAAUGAAAUUUUGCAAUUACAAGAAUAUCUUAAUGUACUUUCAAAUACCCACAAAGAGUUCUUCAUGCAAAAAGAAAUUAAUCAAGCUAACCAGGUCUCUAUAGAUGCCAGGAGGUGUAAAGAAUUGGAACAAAGACUCCAUGAUGAACAAGCCCGACACCAAAAGUUGACUAACGCCAUAUGGAAUGAGCAUCAGUCAAAAAUUGAUAUGGUACACAAAUUAUUGCGGUCAUCGCAAGAUAAACUCGAAGAACAAAUUAAAAUGAGAAAUGAACAAAAUAAACAACUUAUGAGCGCUGAUAUGAUUGUUAAAGAACUUUUCAUCGAAAAUGCCAAACUAAUGUCAAUGAUUCACAGCCUUCAAACACAAAUUGAUCGUUCAUCGAAUUAUAAUUCAAUGUAACUGGUGUUUUUACUGUUAUUUAAUAUUUUUCCUCCCAUAAUUAUUUUUAAAAAUACUGUGCAAUAUUGUGCAGCUUAUUUUACCCACAUUUGUAGCUUUAAGGACUUAAACACUGUUAGUUUUUUAAAGUGUGGAUCUUUAUCUUUUUUUUUGUUCUAUUUUUUACUACCAUUUGAUUUUUUAUUAUUCUUAGUAAUAAGUUUAAUUUAUAAAGUAUGUUUCCUAAGUAUAAAAUUACUGUUAACAGUGCCUUAAACGAGGAGCUUAAUAUAUUAUAAGGACUCAUCUUAUUGAGCCCCUAUAUUUAUAUAUACGUAAAUUACAGCAGGGUAAUUUUAAAAUGAUAAAAAUUUCUAUAAAAAAAAUAAACUAUUAAUUGUUUUUUUUUAGUCAAAUUAAAUGUAGGUUAAAAUUAUUGUACUAUUAUUUUUUUAUUGUGUAUUAUUGAUGUAACUUUUGUUGAGUUUACUGUUAAUUACUAUUGUAGGCUUUAAUAUUACUUGAAUCUAUGUAAUAACGAUUAUUUUUUAUUGUAACAUAAUAUUUACUAUUUAGUCAUAAGUCAGAUUGUCCUAAUUCAUAGUUCUUCAACAUAGAUUGAAUGAAUAAACAACACAUUGACUGUCUCUUACCUAAAACCUGCAGUCUUUGAUAUGAUUCCAAUGCAAUCUGACUGAUGGCUACUUUUGUUUAAUUCUUACUAGUAAUUUAAUGAUCUUAUCACUGUUUUUUUUUUUAUUUAUUGUUUUUUCACCAUUUUUUAUAUCUUAGUGUAUACAACUCACACUGUAGUUUGGUUUGUUAACUUGGAGAUGAGUCAUUUCGAUCGAAAAUUUGAUAUUGCAUUAUUACCUCUAUACCUUUUCAAAUGACAUUUUGCUAAAUCAAUACACUCAUUUAAUAUGUCUAGUCAUUUUUAUAAACUCAAAUCAUCUUUAAAGGUAAAAAUUGUCUGAGUACAGUUUUUAUUAAAACAAUUACUAGUCAGGUUUCCAUAUCUCAUCUCUAAGUGCACGUAGUUUUAACAUUUGUUUGUGUUGGGAAUCCUUUUUAUAAAAUUUAUCUUGCUGAGGCGUGAAAUAAAUGUGGUUGUGUUGGAUGUAUAGCCGUAGGGCGUUAGUCUAAAAUAUCUGGUUGUAAUAUUGUUCAGAUUUGAAUAAUAGUCAAGUGAUAAAUAGUUUAAAUUACGUGUUUACGGCUCAUUACAAACAACCGAAUUAAACUUUUUA